AUGCCUCGUGCCAUGGCCGACCGCACGGCCUCGCAGGAAAUCAAUCUUGCCUACGACUGUUACCCAUCCGACCUCGCUUGCUACACUCGUCCUCGCCUCAUGUGUGCCCCUCUGCUCUUCUCCGCUCCCCUCUGCCUUUGGCUGAUCCCUUGGCCCGCCCACCCCCUUUUCGUGCUGCCAUGUGGCGUGGCGGUGCAGCCCCUGCCGCUGCCGCUCAUUCACCGCCCGCUCACUGACUACUUCCAGCCUGACAGCCUGCUGCCCCCCGCACUGCCACCGCUGCUGAACCCGUUGGCACCACACCUGCAGCUGCAGCAGCACGCGUUCAUGCACCUGCUGGCGCGGCACUCCGCGGCCUUCCAGCCCGGGCUGCUGCACGACUGGCUGGGCGCCACCGCCUUCUUCGAGUGGCUCUGCCCCUACCUCGCCCACCCUGGCGCGCAGGGGGAGGGGGGGACGCAGGGGGCAGGUGGGGCGCAAGAUGGGAGUGCGGAGGGGAGUGGAGGCGAGGAGGAUGUGAGUGAGGAUGCGCGGGUGGUGAGCGGGGCGUGGGAGGACGGCAGCAGCGAGGGCGGGUGGGAGGAGGAGAUCCCCGUGGUGGAGUCCCGGCACCGCGUGUGUGCCGCGCACCUCGCCCGCGAGCAGCAGGCGGACAGCCACCCGGGGGGGGUGAGUUCGGACCCCGUCGGGGCGAGCGCACAUGGCGGGGCGGCACACGGGGAGGAUGGGAGUGCGGGCAGGGAGGGUGGCAGUGCAGGCAGCGGGGCGGGACGGGCAGCGGCGGGGGAGUACGCGGGGUACCUGCCAACGGCAGACGGGGCGUAUGUGGAGCUGCUGGACGCGCUCGAGGCCGUGCUGCGCUCCCACCUGCUGCCCGCUGCUGCGCUGGCUCAUGGGGGGAGUGCGGAGAAGCAGGGGGGCGAGGGGCGGUCCACGGUGGUGUCUGCUGGGCCGCUGCUGCACGCCAUGACUGCCUUUGCUGCUGCCCACGCCUACAGGCAGGUGCGGCCAUACGACGCCAUGGCGCUGGUGGUGGUGCAUCCCGACAUGCCCAAGCAGCUGCACGCCCUGGCUCGCCUCAACGCCGUCCCACACUUCACUCACAUCCCCCUUGCCCUUGGGGGUGGAGAGGUGAAGGAGAGGGAGCCAGGCAGGUGGGCAACGGUGGGCGAUGUGCUGGCGGGGCUGUCGCGCUGUGACCUGCUGGACAUCGACGCCGACCGAGCGGAGAAGUUUGCCUUCGACGACCCCGACGCCUUCACCCACGUGCAGCGGGUGGUGAGGCGGGUGCAGAUAACAACGCACGGCAGGGACGUGCACGGCAAGCUGGAGGCGCUCUUCCGCCUCAAGGGUUGGCUCAAAGCCAUCGACCUCCCUCCCCCCGCUGCCCCCGCCUGCCUGCACCCCACGCACGCCUUCAUGCGCGCACCCCCUUCCUCCUCCUCCCACGACCCCAACGAAAGCUCCUCAUCCCAGCAGCCGCACAGCAGGUCUGCUCGUACCCCAGUGCCACGGCCCGAGUGUGUGACGCACACCCCGUGGGGCCCCAUGCUGCUCAGGGAGGGGCUGCUCUCAUUCCUUAAAACCGGGGUGCACAUUCAGCUGAAUGUGCAUCAAAGGUUAUCCCUUGACUGA